UUUUAAUCAUUGCUGUAGAUUUCUGAUCCAUCUGGUUAUAGGCUUUAAGUGUAUCAACUGAGGAAAUAGCAUACUUGUAUUCUAACAAACAACAGGGUCUUGUAAAAGUGAAUUUGUUUCCUUUCAUGAAGAUUACUACAGUUAAAUGUACUUACGUUAGUCUUAAUCUCCAAGUGUGAAACCACAACAUCUUUUUUUUUUUUAACCUUACGUAAGUGAUUUCUAGGCUGACAUGUCUUUGUAGUUCCUACCAUUUGAAAUGUCUUAGUGUAGCAAUAAGUAUUUGUUUUGAAAUUGAUGUGAUGAAAUGAUUUUGUGUUAAAUGAGGGGAGAAUGGCAUAAACAGAAAAAUGGUCAUUGGAAAUACACUUCAGUGUCCUAAAUUUUCCUGUGUCUUAAAAACAAAAAACCGUUUCAUUAAGGAAAGGUCGCAGUUACCAUAGCAGUUCCAGAUUAGUGUAAUUUUAAUCUUAAUUUAAGAAAUAGAUGUCAAGCUUUGUAUAAAUAAGCAAAUAGUAACUUAAAUUUUUAUAAUGUCACCAUGUAUAUCUUUGAAUGAACUGAUUUCUUAGGAAGCCAGGCAGCCUUAUCAUUUGAAUUUUUUUAAAUUUGGGACCGAGAAUUCUAAGUAUGCUAUGUAAUGCAGUUUUUUUCUAACAAAAUGUCAGGACUGGGUUGAAAGGGUCAUUUUUCAGUAACUAAAGUAGUUAGUAAUAAUAGUUAAUAUCUAUUUUCAUGAUAAAAUUAAUAAUGUUGCAGUUUUUAAAUCCAUAAAUGCUUUACAGUAACUGCUGAAAAUAUUAUUUAUCCUGGUCAUAAAAUACAUAUGGGAAAGGGUGGGUGACACUUCUCAACCCUUUCCAUUGGCCUGUUCUGAGAGUGCGUAAAGUGUUUUGGGUGUACCUUGUCUCUGUUCAUUAGCUUUUUUAGGCCUCUGCUUUGCUUCUGAGAAACCUAGAUAAUUGGGCCACGUAACUGAUCUGCUUAGUCAGUUUGAUUGCAAAGAUUUUCUAACCAGAUAGUCAUAAUUAGAUAUUUUAUUUACAUGUUAAAAGAAGCAUAUAAGUUGUGUUAUAGCUAUAAAGUGUCUUUGUUUUAUGACCUUGAAAUAAUGAUGGUAGGACUUCUCGUUUCCACUGUAAGGGAUGUGGUUCCAUCCUUGGUUGGUGAACUAAGAUCCUGCAUACUGUGAUGCAGCCAAAAAAAUUAAUAGAUAAUCAAUUGUGUUCUGAUUGGCUUGCUUAUGCAUACUGAGUCCUAUGCUUUACUUGUUUAUAUAGAAGUUGAGUGUUUGUAUAUAUUACUGUGUUGCUUAGGCUUAAAUUGGAAUAUUUUUAUAACCAUACUUAUUUGGACACUACAAAUUAACUGAUUCUUACUGAAAUAAUUGUGCAUAGCUAGCAAUUGAUGUUUAUUUUGACAGUCUCUUUCCCCAAAAUUCAUAGUAUUGAUAGGUUAAGCCUUCAUUUGCUAGAAAAUAAUUUAUCUGCAAAUUUAUCAUGACUAUUUUAAAAGCUUAGCAACAGUGUUUGCAUUUUAAAUAAAACACUUGAUUGACAUGAUUUAAAAUGUUUAAAUCACAUUUAUUUUUAAAGACACAUUUAUUCAGUGUCAUGAUCAGACUGUUAAAUGUAGCAAUCAACAGCAUGGGUGCAAAAGAAAGUCUGCUUUAAAACUCUCUCCUGGAAUGCUUUACACAGAACAAACUUGAAUAACCUAUUACACAAUUAGUCACAAAUACAGUCCUCAAGUUUUUUACCCAUACAGAUGAGUAUUGUCUAAAGCAUCUUUCUUCAUAGCUGCUGGGCCCUUCCACCACUGUGCUUGGCUGAGUUCACAACUCCGUUACAACCUGUGGCUUCCCUGUCACUUCUCUGGCUCUCCUCUCUUGCUAAGCUUUGUUUCCUGGCAGUAAUUAAAACCAUCUGCCACUGCCAUAGCUACUGCUGCUGCUGGAACCACCAGAGUCACCUUGCUUUUUUGGUUUGGCAACGUAUUGGCCUUCAGUACCAUAUGAGCCAGAACUUCUCCCUCCAAAAGUUUCAUCCUUUCAUGAGUCCAGAAUUUGAAGACUGAUGUUGUAAUUGCCAAAAUAAUUGUAGCUUCUGCCACCUCCAAAAUUAUUUCCAUUAUUAUCAAAUCCAUAGCCAUCCUCACGGCCACCAUAUCCACCACCGCCAAUGGCUAUCACCAAAGCCACCUGAAGUUUCCUCCACAAACAGAGUUGUCAUCCUCACCACAACAACUUUGUUGAUUACCACCAAAGUUUCCAGAACUACUUUUACCUCUUUGGCUGGAUGAAGCACUAGCUAUCUCUUGCUUAGAUAGGGCUUUUCUUACUUCACAGUUGUCACCAUUCACAGUAUGGUAUUUCUGAACAGCAGUCUUACCUACAGAGUCAUGGUCAUCAGAGGUUACAAAAGCAAAGCCGCUCUUUUUGCCACUGCCUCAGUGAUUCAUGAUUUCGAUCACUUCAUUUUUCCCAUACUGUUCAAAUUAAUCUCUUAGAUGAUGUUCUUCAGUGUCUCCUUUAAUGCUACCAAUAAAAAUCUUUUUCACAUUUAAGUGAGCAGUUUGAGAAUCUUCUCUUGAUAGAACCCUCUUUGGUUCCACAACUCUUCCAUCCAUCUUGUGUGGUCUUGCAUUCAUGGCCGCAUCUGCCUCUUCCGAUGUGACUUACAUGACAAACCUAUGCCUCUAGAGCACUUGGUAUUUGUACACAGACAUUGUACCACAAUGUCUGUGAGCAUUCCCCAGUGCUCAGAAUGGCUUCUCAGACUCUCCUCGGUUGUUUCAAAGCUCACUCUUGAUGAAGAGCUUCUGCAGCUGUUCGGGCUCUCUGGGAGACUCUGAGUUGGACUUGCCUUCAGCACUGCUUACUUAGCGAUUUCCACAAGCCAAAAGCAGUAAUCUAACAAGCAAAUCUCACCACCACAUUUUAAAUACAAGUUUCUCUUUCACUUGAUUCCACCAGAACUUGGAAAGCAGUGUUACUUUAUGAUAGACUAUAACAUUUAUAUAUUCAUUCAAAUUCCAAAGAAAGGCAAUGCCAAGGAAUGUUCAAACAGCCACACAAUUGCACUCAUCUCAUGCGCCAGCAAGGUAAUGCUCAAAAUUCUCCAAGCUAGGCUUCAACAGUACGUGAACUGUGAAUUUCCAGAUGUUCAAGCUGGAUUUAGAAAAGGCAGAGGAAUCAAGAGAUCAAAUUGCCAACAUUUGUUGGAUCAUAGAAAAAGCAAGAGGGUUCUAGAAAAACGUCUACUUCUGCUUUAUUGACUAUGCCAAAGCCUUUGACUGUGUGGAUCACAACAAACUGUGGAAAAUUGUUGAAGAGAUAGGAAUACCAGACCACCUUACCUGCCUCCUGUAUGCAGGUCCUAUAUGCAUACCUGUAUCUGUAUGCAAGUCAAGAAGCAACAGUUAUAGGUAGAUAUGGAACAACAGACUGGUUCCAAAUUGGGAAAGGAGUAUGUCAAGGCUAUAUAUUGUCACCCUGCUUAUUUAGCCUAUAUGCAGAGUACAUCAUGCAAAAUGCAAGCCUUGUUGAAGCACAAGCUGGAAUCAAGAUGGCCGGGAGAAAUAUCAGUAACCUCAGAUAUGCAAAUGACACUACCCUUCUGGCAGAAAGCAAAGAAGAACUAAAGAGCCUCUUGAUGAAAGUGAAAGAAGAGUGAAAAAGCUGGCUUAAACUCAACAUUCAGAAAAUGAAGAUCAUGGCAUCUGGUCCCAUCACGUCAUGGCAACUAGAUGGAGAAACAAUGGAAACAGUGAGAGACUUUAUUUUUUGCACUCCAAAAUCAUUGCAGAUGGUGACUGCAACCAUGAAUUUAAAAGACGCUUGCUCCUUGGAAGAAAAGCUAUGACUAACCUAGACAGUGUACGAAAAGGUAUAGACAUUAUUUUGUCAACAAAGGUCUGUCUAGUCAAAGCUAGUAAUCCAGUAAUCAUGUAUGGAUGUGAGAGUUGGACCAUAAAGAAGGCUGAGCACCAAAGAAUUGAUGCUUUUGAACUGUGGUGUUGGAGAAGACUCUUGAGAGUCUCUUGGACUGCAAGGCGAUCCAACCAGUGAAUCCUAAAGGAAAUCAGUCUAGAAUAUUCAUUGGAAGGACUGAUGCUGAAGCUGAAUCUCCAGUACUUUGGCCACCUGAUACAAAGAACUGACUCCUUGGAAAAGACCUUGAUGCUGGGAAAGAUUGAGGUGGGAGGAAGAGUGCACGACAGAAGAUGAGAUGGUUGAAUGGCAUCACCGACUCAAUGUACAUGAGUUUGAGCAAGCUCCGGGAGUUGGUGAUGGACAAGGAAGCCUGGCGUGCUGCAGUCCAUGGGGUUGCAAAGAGUCAGACACAACUGAGUGAGUGAACUGAACUGAUAACAUUUAUAUAGGUACUUGAAGAAAACCUUUAAUAUAAAUGAACUAAGUUCUUUCACUGAUCCCUUUAAAUUUGGUUUUUUUGGGGAAGAGAGGUAGGUAGUUGCACACUGCUAUUUGUAAACUAGCUUUUUUUUUUUUUGGUCACAGCAUGCAGCAUCCUAGUUUCCUGACCAGGGAUCAAACCCCUGUUGCCUAUGUUGGGAUCUUGGAGUCUUAACCACUGGACCACCAGGAAGUCCGGAGAAUAGUCAUAUUUAAUUUCCAUGCCUUCUUGCCAAUUCAUCACAGUCCAUUUGUGGUCGUUUUUUGUAUGUCCUGGUAGAGAAUGUUUGUUCCUUCAGGCUCACCAGCAAAAUCAGUUGUUCAGAACUAUUCCUAAGAGUUUGGAGAGAAGAAAGAAUCUUUUUUGUUUGGAUUAUCAAAGUGGUGCUACUUUUGAUUUUACAGUAUGACUAUGGCACAUUAUUACUAAUUGAAUAAUCAUGUCCCCUCUGGGAUACCUUGGAAUAUGUGCCUGUAAGAUAAGUCUGCACAGUUGUUGGAGGCAGCAGGUCAUUAAGAGAGAACAGGCCUCACUAAUGUAGUUCUAUUACUUGUAUUAUUAAGUGGAUCACAUUUAAAUCUAGAAUGAAAAGCUUUCCUAGCUCAACUGCAUUUUAUACAAUAACAUUGCUCCUACAUCAUUGGUAUUAAACUUAUUUGAUCUAUGUACAUUCCAGUUGGUGCAAGAAAUAGUCUAGCAUUGAGUUAACUUAUUGGCAUUACAAGUGUUCUCUGCAGCUGAUUGCUUCUCAUUUGGAGUAAAUUAGUCUUUGUGACCCAGUGGCUUUUAUUUUCACUGCUGUGGGAGUUAUGACUCUUGGCUUCUUGUUUUGUUCCUUUGUUUCAUUAAAAAGUACAUAUAUGUAAAUACAUAAAAGCCAUGCAUACAUACAAAUGUAUAUACCAUACUUUUAAUACCAUUAAUACCAUGGUUUUCUUUAAUAAUCUGUUCACAAAGUACCUGGUCUCACUGUAGUGAGGAGAAGUAGGGGAAAUUUAAAAUUUUACGACCUGGAAGUGUGCUCGUUAGCCACGCAGAUCUGUCUCUUGGUUCAACAGUGCUUGGGCGGAACAGACCCAGGGAUGCCCCUUGUUCCAGCCUCCAACUACCCUCCAACCUUUUUUCCAGUCGCAACUUCUGGAAUCAGUCACUCAGCAGUCUGCAAUCACCGGGACCAGCCCCCAUUUUUUAACUCCUUAUUACCGACCAAUCAUGAGCUCCCAGAUUCGUCAGAAUUAUUCUACUGAGGUGGAGGCCGCCAUCAACCACCUGGUUAACAUGCAACUGCGGGCCUCCUACACCUACCUCUCUCUGGGCUUCUAUUUCGACCGCGAUGAUGUGGCUCUGGAGGGUGCGGGUCACUUUUUUCGUGAAUUGGCCAAGGAGAAGCGCGAGGGCAUGGAGUGUCUCUUGAAACUGCAAAAUCAGCGUGGCGGCCGCGCCCUCUUCCUGGACAUGCAGAAGCCAUCUCAAAAUGAGUGGGGUAAAACCCAGGACUCUAUGGAAGCCACCCUUCUUGUAGAGAAGAACCUGAAUCAAGCCCUGUUGGAUCUGCAUGACCUGGCUUCUGCCCAUGGAGACUUCCACAUCUGUGAUUUCCUGGAGAACCACUUCCUAGAUGAGGAAGUGAAACUCAUCAAGAAGAUGGGUGACCACCUGACCAACCUCCACAGGCUGGCUGGUCCCCAGGCUGGGUUGGGCGAGUUUCUCUUCCAGAGGCUCACCCCCAAGCACGACUAGGAGCUUCUGGAGACGAGUGUCCUUUGAAGAACCCACCUAACAUCAGGGCUGCCUGAAGCCCCUCUCUGCAGCCACUAGGCAGCUUUUAACAUGCUGGAGUCCUCUCUCAAGCCUCAGACCAAAUGGAAACAAUAAAGCUUUUUGCAGCAUAACAACAACAACAAAAAUUUACGACCUCCAACUCUUAAUAGGCUCUUUUUUUUUUUAUGUUUAUUUGGCUGCAUCAGGUUUUAGUUAACAGAAUUCAGGAUCUC